UCAGCGUUGAUUGUCAAGAUGGCGGCUCUCGCUAUGUUGGUGUCUGGCUGUGGACGACUGCUCCGAGGACUCCUGACGGGCUCAUCUGGGACCAGCUGGGCUCGGUGUCCAGCUCGCGGGUUCAGAGAAGUGGUGGAGAUCCAAGAAGGGAAGACGACUAUAAUUGAAGGCCGUAUCACUGAGACUCCCCAGGAAAGUCCAAAUCCCCAUAACCCCUCUGGCCAGUGCCCCAUCUGCCGGUGGAACCUGAAGCACAAGUACACCUAUGAGGAUGUUCUGCUGCUAAGUCAGUUCAUCCGGCCUCACGGGGGCAUGCUGCCCAGAAGGAUCACAGGCCUGUGCCAGGAAGAGCACCAAAAGAUCGAGGAGUGUGUGAAGAUGGCCCACCGAGCAGGUCUGCUCCCAAAUCACAGGCCUAAGCUUCCGGAAGGAUUUGUUCCGAAAAGCAAACUAAAACUUAAUCGGUACCUGACCCGAUGGUCUCCCCACUCUGUCAAGCCUAUCUACAAUAAAGGUCACCGCUGGAACAAGGUGCGCAUGGCUGUGGGGUCCCCCCUCCUGAAAGACAACGUCUUCUACUCACAGAGACCCCCUGUGCUGUAUCACUGAUAGAGAGGAGUUUCCUGAGAAGCUGGCCAACACUGCUGUGGAGCUGGGCUGGUUUCUGUGCUCUCAGCCACAAGUUUACUCCAACCCAUGCCACCAGGGUGACCCAGCUCCUCCAACAUGAAGAAGACAAAGGACAGUGGAACCCACUCCAGUGCUUUCCGCCUGCCUGGUAGCAUGUGGUAGCAUGUGGGAAGCUAGGGCAGGGAGGGCCGUUGGGCCCCAUGGCAGCUGCUGUGGUCUCAUGACUGACGGGCUUUGCUUGGUGCUGAGGGAUCGUUUUACCCAAAUAAUGUCAUAAACCAGGCUUAUAUACUCA